UUAGAUAACAGCGGCUGACUUGCGACCAUUGGGACAUAUUUCAUACAUUUAUAUUUAUACUAUAAAAUACAGAUUUUUCUAUUUUCAUAUAUAACGGACGCUAACCGACAAUCGUGAUGUACUUUUAAUAAUGCAUAAGGAACAAUACUGACAUCUUAAUCUAAUAUAAUUAAAACGAUAAAGUAGAAGUAAUAACUGUAAAAAUAAUAAUUAACAGUAGGCACAGCUUAGAGCAUCUCGUAGGUUGUCUGUGCCGCUGCAUGUUGUUACACGUAUUAUAUUAGUAAUGGAAUAAGUAUGUACGAUGCAGAAAUGGAAAAGCAAUACAUUUAAGAAAGCUAUAUAAGACGAACGAUCGAUUAUAAUAUUAAUUUGUUUCGCAAACAUUGACAGUGUACUGACCGUCUCAGGAAGAACGAUGGAAUGGCAAAAUGAAAAGGAAAAGUGUGGACGAAUAUUUUUUCCCAACGUUUGAAUCAACAGCUGAGCUGGAAUUGAGAGACACUGAAACGGAGCGAAGAGGAGCUCACCACCACGCAGCUGUCUCUGCCUCACGCUGCAGCUGCCUUGUCCAGCCAGUGUUGCUUUUUGUCCAGCUGCGCUCCCUUCUAUCCCUUCUUCUGUCCAUCUGGACAUCACCCGACUUUCUCUCAUCUCGCCCCAACACGACGAGCUGGAGCCUGCCGUCUCACAAUGGAGCCCCCGCCCGCUCUCACCUUGGCUCUUCUGGCAGGCAGCUGUGAGGAAGAGGGUCUGCAUCCCCCGGGCCCCCCAAACGUGGCCCUGCCCGCUACAGACAGCCGCCCAGGGGCCCACCCUUCCAAAUGCCUGGGCAGUGCCAGCGCGGAGAGGCUUAACGGGACCCCCAUCCUGACCAGCCCUGGGCCACUCUCCCUGCCCCUCCCACUCCCCAACACUCUGUGUCCCUCCAGUUCACCAGUGGGCAGCCAGCCCAGCCUGGGUGAGGGACUGCCUACACCGGGGGGGCUCCUCCCCUCCCCUCACUCCCCCUGCUCCGAGCGCGAGCGUGACCGGGGGCCACGACACCGACAGGCCAGCCCCCUGGUGCAUCGGCGGGACAGCAACCCCUUCACUGAGAUUGCCAUGAGCUCCUGCAAAUACAGUGGGGGUGUGAUGAAGCCCCUGAGCCGGCUCAGUGCCUCCCGCAGGAAUCUCAUUGAGUCCGAGGGCGGAGUGGAGGCUAGAGAGGGAGGUGUGGCCACACGGGACCGGGGAACCGUGCUCCAGUCACAGGGCCAGCAACACAACCCCCCAGAGAUUGUCAUCUCCUCUAAAGUGGACUCAUCUCACUGUACCAUUGCCUCCAACCACACCUUGUCUCACAGCCAGGGGACACUCAGGAACACAGGUGGCGUGGCCAGUCGGGGUAGCAGUGUGGGGGGUGGGGGAAGUAAACGCAGUAGUACUGCUCGCAAGGUACAAAAACGAAAGCACCAGAACAUAGGGUACAAGUUGGGCCACCGGAGGGCGCUGUUUGAGAAGAGGAAGCGUCUCAGUGACUAUGCACUUAUCUUUGGGAUGUUUGGCAUCGUGGUCAUGGUCAUCGAGACGGAGCUUUCAUGGGGAGUCUACAGCAAGAGUUCCAUGUUCUCCCUGGCCCUGAAGUGUCUUAUCAGCUUGUCUACAGUGGUCUUACUGGGACUCAUCAUCGCCUACCAUGCCCGCGAAGUGCAGCUAUUCCUCAUUGACAACGGAGCGGACGACUGGCGGAUCGCCAUGACAACAGAGCGGGUGCUGCUGAUCGCCCUGGAGCUGCUGGUGUCGGCGGUGCACCCUGUGCCGGGUGACUUCACCUUCCACUGGCAGGCGCGACUGGCCUUCUCGUACACGCCAUCUCUGGCCAAGGCCGACGUGGACAUGGUGCUGUCGGUGCCCAUGUUCCUGCGGCUCUACCUCAUCGCCCGUGUCAUGCUGCUGCACAGCAAGCUCUUCACCGACGCCUCAUCCCGCAGUAUCGGGGCCCUCAACAAGGUGCACUUUAACACGCGCUUUGUGAUGAAGACCCUAAUGACCAUCUGUCCCGGCACCGUUCUGCUGGUCUUCAGCAUCUCCUUGUGGAUUAUUGCAGCCUGGACAGUGCGCGUCUGUGAAAGGUACCAUGAUGCCCAGGAUGUGACCAGCAACUUCCUGGGAGCCAUGUGGCUCAUCUCCAUUACCUUCCUGUCCAUUGGGUAUGGUGACAUGGUGCCGCACACCUACUGUGGGAAAGGCGUCUGCCUGCUGACUGGCAUCAUGGGCGCAGGGUGCACAGCACUGGUCGUCGCUGUGGUUGCUCGGAAGCUGGAGCUGACCAAGGCAGAGAAGCAUGUACAUAACUUCAUGAUGGACACCCAGCUCACCAAACGGAUCAAGAACGCAGCAGCCAAUGUGCUCCGGGAGACCUGGCUGAUCCACAAACACACACGGCUGGUGAAGAAGAUCGACCACGCCAGGGUCCGAAAGCACCAGCGCAAGUUCCUGCAGGCCAUUCACCAGCUACGCAGUGUGAAGAUGGAGCAGAGGAAGCUCACGGACCAGGCCAACACGUUGGUGGACCUCUCUAAAAUGCAGAGCGUGAUGUACGAGCUCAUGUCGGAGCUGAGUGAGCGCAGUGAGGACCUGGAGAGGCAGAUGCUGGGUCUGGAGCGGCGUGUGGAGCAGCUGACGGCGGGCUUCAGUGCUCUGCCCGCCCACCUGUCAGCCACGCUCUCCGCCCAGCACAGUGCCCUACUGCAGCGGCUGCAGGAAAGGACCGGGGCCGGGCCCCAUAGCCAGAGCAGCCCCAACACCAGCUCCUCCAGCUGCUGACAGGCUCUGAGGGACUGUGGGCAGGCCCCACAGCCUGGGAAAUCCCACCACCAACUUCUCUGGCUGCUGAAGGCAAAAGGCUUAGAGAAGAGCGGUUUAUUGUGUGAUGAGUGUUCCUCCAGCUCCUGGUAACCAGACUGAGAGAAUCUUUGGGCAGGCCCCACAGCCUGGGAGGCCCCAACAUGAGGCUCUGCAGUUUUUGGAGGGCAAGAGACACUGGAGACUUGACUUGAGGGCAGGCAGGAUCCACAGAAGAUCAUAGAGAUGCUGGCACAUGGAAUGAAAGAAGCUGUGGGACCGACUGCAGUCCCAGAAUUGAUCCUGUCAUAUGUGGCAAAAAGGGUGGAGCUAAGGGGAAGGCAUGGUAACGCCCCAAAGAAAAGAUUGGGGCAGGGGCUGAGAAGAAUGUCAGCCCCAAUACCAGCAGUAGCUGACAGGCUGAGAGUGACCUGGGGCUGGAGUUAGGGAGGCACACUGAGGGGUUUUUUGGGGCAGUAUAAUUUUUCUUUUUUUUUGCCUUGCAACACUGUAGUUUUGGACAGUGAAAAAAUCCUGUUUUUGAAUCAAAUUUUCAAAGCUUUUCUCUUCCCACACUGUGAUAUCUCACCUAUGAAUAGCGUUCACUGAUCACGUGGAGAGUCCAGGAUAACCAGCAGUAUAUUGACAGUAGGUUCAGUCCAAAGAGCAUCCAGGCUCUUCUCUGCAUAUUGUCCAUAAUCUCCGUAUUUCCAAUUUCUGUUGGCAGCAGCAAGUUCUACAUGCAUAUACAUAUUCACAUCCAUAUCCUACUCCUGUACUCCUACCUUAUUUUGAUAUGUUUUUAUGUCAUCAUCUAGUGUUCCACAGAUUUUGUGGUUAGCCUGCUAUAAAGAGAACUGAUAUAAUCUCUAAAAAUAAACAUUUUAGCUUCAUGGUAUUUUAGAUGUUUUAAAUGAACUAUAUUAGCUGUUUCCCUCAAGUAAAAAAGCACUGUGAGAGGAAACUAUAUUACCAUAUUUAGGUACUUUAAGGGGUAAAAUGUGUUUGGUAUAUGGGCAGUUUGACAGUGAAUGGGCCAUGAAAAUGGGCUUUAGAACCUACAGGAGGAAAUUCAUUGUAGGGUUCUGUGACAGGAAAUUGAUAGGUUGCUGCUAAUAUGGCAGUAACAGAUGACUAAGGGGUUGCCCAGCACAGUCUGGAGAGCAAAGACAGCCCUAAAUGUCUCCGUUUCCAAAAAGGGGUGCGAACUUUAAGGAUGAGCUGCUGAGGAAUGCAUAAAGAGGAACAGAAAGCAGGCGGGAUAAGAAGACGGCUUUAGCAAGGUGGGAGGAGAGUAAUAAGGCGGCAGGCGAGGGUGAGAGGGAAGCCGACGCAAUUUAAGGCCGAAAGCAACCCAGGCAAUUAAAGUGUGGCUCUUAUGCUGGUGGCCCCAAUCUGAAGCAUCCAGCCUUGUUUUGCUGACAGAGACAGGGAGACUCUUCAGCACCUCCAUGGCCCACCGGACGUGGUCCUACUGUUCUGCUCGCUGGCCAGGUUCUAGAUGCCCCUACUGUAGGUAUUGAGGCACUGGGGCGUCCCCGGUGGAAUGUUUGCAGCCAAACUAAGGUGGAAAAUCAAGGGACAAAAUCUGGUAAAAACAGCUUAAAUUCUACUGCUUUCAAUCAGGUAUGAAUGACACUUGUAUAUGUUUCAUAAUGGCUGUUUGUCUGAUAGUAAACAACCCUUUAACAUGAUUGUACAAACUAGACUAUGCUGCAGUUCUGUGGUGGGAAUACAUAUACAGUAAGGUCUUAAACUGUAACGGCAGAAAAAGUUUAUUCAGCAGUUUAUUCUCUAAUGAGAUCCAAGUGUAUGUGUACUUCCCACUGCCACAAUGCAAACUAAAAUACAUGACCUUCCUAAAUGCCAGUGCAAACACAAAGCAGGGUUAAUACAUCAUAACCCAGUCUCUGACAAAAAACAUCACACGCAGAGAUCCGAUUCCUCAGUGGCCUCAUUUCUCACCAAAAGAUCAACUGACUGUUCAAAUAGCUACUGAGAAAUCAUAAAAUGAGGUGUAACUUUUUUUUCUUGUAGUUUGACUGCCUUUGUUGACAGAUGGAAAUUCUAUAUUAGAAGGACAGAGAACUACUUAAAAAAGACCCAGUGUUCUUAGAUGCAAAUGCACUCACAAAGAAUAUGAUUAUGAUCAGUAGUUCCGUUUACCAUUAGUAUGCCACAAUAUUUCUAUUUGUAAUUAUGAAUGUAUGGAUAUAUUGAAAUAUAUAUUAAUAUAAUAACAUUAUAAAACUAAAUUAUUAUCAUAGGGCAGGUAAAGUUGAAUGUUGAAUUUAUUUUUCAAUUGUAUUUUAGCA